AUGGGACUCACACCGAGAGAACGAAUCGAGAGGAUUCAGCGCGAGGCUUCCCUUCGCGGGAUCUCCACUGGCGAAGCACAACGUCACAACGGCAGGCCAGUCGAGUUUGUCACUCUAACGCCAAAUGAAGAUGGUGGGGACACUAUUGCGCCCUUCGGUCAUCCUCGCACGACAAAAAACUUCAACGGCUUUCCUCCAAGAUUGCCGACAGUUCCUCGCGCUCCCAAUUCAGCGGCGCCCGGACCCAGAAACGGCUUUCAGCUCCGACUGCCGACUUCUGCUCGUGCUACAACCCCAGCAGUAGCUGGACCUAGCAACUUCUUCCAUCCACAAUCGUCGACGAACUCCAGUGCUCCAGUUUCAGAAACUCGAGAGCCCAGCCAGACGCCUGGUGACGAAGACAUCGGCAUGGGCGUCGACGACUUCACUGCUCUCGAGCCACCGAGCAUGAAGGGUGAGCAAAAGCGUAGGCAAGACUCGGCGUUUGCCACCUCUACGCAAGACUCCACUAGACUCGAACCUGAUGCGGGCUUCGACAUCGAGCGCCGUCGCAAGAAGGCCAAGCUAGCCACUGAGGAACCACAAGUGUGGCUGUCGGCUCAGGGCAAUCUGAGAACGGGUAUGCCUGGCCCUUCUACUCCCCCAAUUGCCACUCGAGUCCCAGCAGAACCUCAAGCUUCCGCAGCUCCGAAAGCACUCUUCGCAACUCCUAUGGAGUUCUUCACAUCUUCGUCAGCUUUCGCACGUCCUCGUGCCGCUGCAUCUCCUGGAGCCGCUGGAUCUUCUGAAGCUGUUGCAUCUCCUGAAGCCGCUGCGUCUCCUGAUCGCGCUAUAUCUCCUGGUGCCGCUGCAUCUUCUCAAGUCGACGCAUCUCCUCCAGCAUCCGCGUCUCCUGAGCCUCUUCCUGCCAGCGUGUCAAACACUACACCGCUCCAAGACACCGCCACACCUGGUCCAUCUAACUCAUUGAGCUCGAUCCAAACUCAAGCCUCUGCUAUUGCUGGACUUCCUUCGGCAAGCACCUCCAAUGCCGCGGCUCCUCAAGCUGCUGCCGAUGCCCCUCCCACCACUAGGCAAGUCUCUCUUCAUCGAGACAUGACCCCCUACGUCGGCGCUCGCCCAAUCCCGCAGUGGCUGACCGACUUGGCACGCGAGAUCCGAGCUGCCGACACCGAUCCUCAGGGCAGACCGAAGACUGCGGCGCUCAAGAAGGUCACGAACACUUUCGUGAGAGAUGGUCAGACUCUUUCUCACUUCUCUCCUGCUUCGGGUGUUCUUAGAGUCGGUGCUAGGUGGUCGCCGUUGUGGGAGUGGUGGAUGGAUACGAGGGUGUUGACUCCGGCGCAGUGGUGGAGAGUCAAUGAGGUUGAUUGGAAGAUGAAGAGCGAGGGGUACAAGGAGUUGCCCAAUGGAUGUUACGGAGUGAAUGUGCCUGCUGUUUGA